AUGGCGCGCCUGCAGAAGGAGGAGAGGCAAAGGAAGGAGGCAGAGGAGGUAGAGCGGCAGCAGAGGGCGAAACAGCAGGAAUUGGACCGCUUGCAGAAGGAGGAGGCGCAGAAGAAGGAGGCAGAGGAGGCCGAGCGGCAGCAGCGGGCGAAACAGCAGGAGAUGGAGUGCCUGCAGAAGGAGACACAGAAGAAGGAGGCAGAGGAGGCCGAGCGGCGGCAGAGGGCGAAACAGCAGGAGAUGGAGCGCCUGCAGAAGGCGGAGCAGUGCCAAGCAGAGAAGAGGGCCAGACUUGCAUCCUACGUGGAACAGCAGCGGCAACUGGAGGCAAAGGCAAAGGCGAUGGCUGAAGAGACGGAACGAUUGGCAAGGGAGGUGGAAGAGGAGGAUUUGACCAUGCAGGGGGAGGGGACCUGGAAGGGAGUCGAGGAGGAAAUAGCUGAGGGCCUGGGGAGUUUGCUGUUGAUUGAGAGCGAGGAGGCAAAUGUAGCAGAGGGCGUGGCUAUUGUUCCCGGACAGAACGUAGAGGUGUCAAGGAGGCGGCCUAGACAGGAGGACAGGGAGCCAGAGGGUCAUGCGGCUAAGAGACGGCGUGCAGCUGGUAUACAGGAGUUGAUACCGAUAAUCCCAGGGGAAAAGAAAGGGAUGAAGAUCGACAAGUGCGACAACAGGAAAAACGCCAUAGUGGACGACAAGGGUAAGACUUGGGGUGUCUGCCUGCCGUUCAGGGGAAGCGGGUUCUCUCAACGGGGUGAGGGACCAUUGCAGAAGUGGACGUCUGAGCAGACCGUCGACGGCCGGAAGCGGAACCUCGGCUCUUACAAAACGGUGUGGGAGAGGGCAUACACGGUCGCAGUCUGCUGGAAGUUCUACUUCCCGGAUAUUGACAUGCAGGCAUACGGCAUGAAUCCAAACCGUAUUAACAAGUGGCGGGAAGACCUCGACUUCACAACGUGGCUUCCAACAGGGGUGUGGAGCGUCAUCAACGAGCUCCACCUGGAUAAAUCGGACGGAUUCUCACUCGUUCAAACCAACACGGCUCUUCGGCAGCAGCAGGGGGAUGGCUUUCAGGUAGCUGCCUGCGCUGAAUCCCCUCUGUCGUCUUCUCUCCUCCCCACACCCUUCGUCCACCAACCACCGGGUCCGCUCCUCCCUCGUGCCCUGUCCUCCCUCGUGCCCUGUCCUCCCUCGUGCCUUGUCCUCCCUCUCGUGCCCUGUCCCCCCUCGUGCCCUUUCCUCCCUCUCGUGCCCUGUCCUCCCUCGUGCCCUGUCCUCCCUCGUACCCUGUCCUCCCUCGUGCCCUGUCCUCCCUCGUGCCCUGUCCUCCCUCGUGCCCUAUCCUCCCUCUCGUUCCUUGUCCUCCCUCGUGCCCUUUUCUCCCUCUCGUGCCCUGUCCUCCCUCUCGUGCCCUGUCCUCCCUCGUGCCCUGUCCUCCCUCUCGUGCCCUGUCCUCCCUCUCGUGCCCUGUCCUCCCUCUCGUGCCCUGUCCUCCCUCAUGCCCUGUCCUCCCUCGUGCCCUGUCCUCCCUCGUGCCCUGUCCUCCCUCUCGUGCCCUGUCCUCCCUCGUGCCCUGUCCUCCCUCGUGCCCUGUCCUCCCUCGUGCCCUGUCCUCCCUUGUGCCCUGUCCUCCCUCUCGUGCCCUGUCGUCCCUCGUGCCCUGUCCUCCCUCGUGCCCUGUCCUCCCUCUCGUGCCCUGUUCUCCCUCGUGCCCUUUCCUCCCUCUCGUGCCCUGUCCUCCCUCUCGUGCCCUGUCCUCCCUCGUGCCCUGUCCUCCCUCUCGUGGCCUGUCUUCCCUCUCGUGCCCUGUCCUCCCUCGUGCCCUGUCCUCCCUCGUGCCCUGUCCUCCCUCUCGUGCCCUGUCCUCCCUCUCGUGCCCUGUCCUCCCUCUUGUGCCCUGUCCUCCCUCGUGCCCCGUCUUUCUUCUCGUGCCCUGUCCUCCCUCUCGUGCCCUGUCCUCCCUCGUGCCCUGUCCUCCCGCGUGCCCUAUCCUCCCUCGUGCCCUGUCCUCCUUCGUGCCCUGUCCUCCCUCUCGUGCCCUGUCCUCCCUCUCAUACCCUGUCCUCCCUCUUGUACUCUCCUCCCUCUCGUGCUCUGUCCUCCCUCUCGUGCCCUGUCCUCCCUCUCAUGCCCUGUCCUCCCUCUCGUGCCCUGUCCUCCCUCGUGCCCUGUCCUCCCUCUCGUGCCCUGUCCUCCCUCGUGCCCUGUCCUCCCUCUCGUGCCCUGUCCUCCCUCUCGUGCCCUGUCCUCCCUCGUGCCCUGUCCUCCCUCGUGCCCUGUCCUCCCUCGUGCCCUGUCCUCCCUCGUGCCCUGUCCUCCCUCUCGUGCCCUGUCCUCCCUCAUGCCCUGUCCUCCCUCUUGUGCCCUGUCCUCCCUCUCGUGCCCUGUCCUCCCUCUUGUGCCCUGUCCUCCCUCGUGCCCCGUCCUCCUUCUCGUGCCCUGUCCUCCCUCUCGUGCCCUUUCCUCCCUCGUGCCCUGUCCUCCCUCGUGCCCUAUCCUCCCUCGUGCCCUGUCCUCCCUUGUGCCCUGUCCUCCUUCGUGCCCUGUCCUCCCUCUCGUGCCCUGUCCUCCCUCUCGUGCCCUUUCCUCCCUCUUGCCCUGUCCUCCCUCUCGUGCCCUGUCCUACCUCUCGUGCCCUGUCCUCCCUCUCAUGCCCUGUCCUCCCUCUCGUGCCCUGUCCUCCCUCGUGCCCUGUCAUCCCUCUCGUGCCCUGUCCUCCCUCGUGCCCUGUCCUCCCUCUCGUGCCCUGUCCUCCCUCGUGCCCUGUCCUCCCUCUCGUGCCCUGUCCUCCCUCUCGUGCCCUGUCCUCCCUCUCGUGCCCUGUCCUCCCUCUCUUGCCCUGUCCUCCCUCUCGUGCCCUGUCCUCCCUCUCGUGCCCUGUCCUCCCUCGUGCCCUGUCCUCCCUCGUGCCCUGUCCUCCCUCGUGCCCUGUCCUCCCUCGUGCCCUGUCCUCCCUCGUGCCCUGUCCUCCCUCGUGCCCUGUCCUCCCUCUCGUGCCCUGUCCUCCCUCGUGCCCUUUCCUCCCUCUCGUGCCCUGUCCUCCCUCUCGUGCCCUGUCCUCCCUCUCGUGCCCUGUCCUCCCUCGUGCCCUGUCCUCCCUCGUGCCCUGUCCUCCCUCUCGUGCCCUGUCCUCCCUCGUGCCCUGUCCUCCCUCGUGCCCUGUCCUCCCUCGUGCCCUGUCCUCCCUCUCGUGCCCUGUCCUCCCUCGUGCCCUGUCCUCCCUCUCGUGCCCUGUCCUCCCUCUCGUGCCCUGUCCUCCCUCGUGCCCUGUCCUCCCUCGUGCCCUGUCCUCCCUCGUGCCCUGUCCUCCCUCGUGCCCUGUCCUCCCUCUCGUGCCCUGUCCUCCCUCGUGCCCUGUCCUCCCUCUCGUGCCCUGUCCUCACUCUCGUGCCCUGUCCUCCCUCUCGUGCCCUGUCCUCCCUCGUGCCCUGUCCUCCCUCUCGUGCCCUGUCCUCCCUCUCGUGCCCUGUCCUCCCUCGUGCCCUGUCCUCCCUCGUGCCCUGUCCUCCCUCGUGCCCUGUCCUCCCUCUCGUGCCCUGUCCUCCCUCGUGCCCUGUCCUCCCUCUCGUGCCCUGUCCUCCCUCUCGUGCCCUGUCCUCCCUCGUGCCCUGUCCUCCCUCGUGCCCUGUCCUCCCUCGUGCCCUGUCCUCCCUCGUGCCCUGUCAUCCCUCGUGCCCUGUCCUCCCUCGUGCCCUGUCCUCCCUCUCGUGCCCUGUCCUCCCUCGUGCCCUGUCCUCCCUCUCGUGCCCUGUCCUCCCUCUCGUGCCCUGUCCUUCCUCUUGUGCCCUGUCCUCCCUCGUGCCCCGUCCUCCUUCUCGUGCCCUGUCCUCCCUCUCGUGCCCUGUCCUCCCUCGUGCCCUGUCCUCCCUCGUGCCCUAUCCUCCCUCGUGCCCUGUACUCCCUCGUGCCCUGUCCUCCUUCGUGCCCUGUCCUCCCUCUCGUGCCCUGUCCUCCCUCUCGUGCCCUGUCCUCCCUCUUGCCCUGUCCUCCCUCUCGUGCCCUGUCCUCCCUCUCGUGCCCUGUCCUCCCUCUCGUGCCCUGUCCUCCCUCUCGUGCCCUGUCCUCCCUCGUGCCCUGUCCUCCCUCGUGCCCUGUCCUCCCUCGUGCCCUGUCCUCCCUCGUGCCCUGUCCUCCCUCGUGCCCUGUCCUCCCUCGUGCCCUGUCCUCCCUCGUGCCCUGUCCUCCCUCGUGCCCUGUCCUCCUGCGUGCCCUGUCCUCCGGGCUCCCCCUCUUGACCCCCCUCUCUUCCGUCCCAAGCCCCCCUUCUGCCCUUCUCUCAUGCGGCCUGGCGGCAAGAAUCGCUCGCACCACUGGUUUGACCUGUGGACCAUCAAGUACCUCAAGAGAUUCAAGUGGGACAAUCUCAGCGAGAAGAUGGGCAUGCAGGACGUGGUUUGUGAGAGAGGUGCCGACCAGUGGACAAUCAAGUACCUGAGCGAGAAGAUGGGUGAGCCGAUGGGUGGACUGGACGGAAGAGAGGGUGAGCCAACCGCCAUGCCAUGCAUGAGGGAGCAGAAGCUGGAGGCGGAGAUGUGGGUGGCAGGCAAGGAGAGGGAUGCGUAUGUGACGCGCGUGCAGCACAGCAAGGUGCUGCAGUGCCGGUCAGCCAAGGCGGCCAAGAAGUGGAGCAAGGUGCUGCAGAGAUGA